AGACACGACACGACGUCUCCCCACGACAAGGUGAAAAACAAACACGAACACGUUUGCACACGAACAACGCGGCUAGGAACCACACACUUCGUGCAGAAGGAUCACGGUGCUUCAGAGCUUUACCUUGAUACACUUCAUCUGAAACAAUAUAUAUAUGUAUUUAAUUCUCUCAGUUCCGUCUCUUCGCGGAAAGUGACUGCCUCCUCUCGCACAUACAUACAUAUUCCUCUAUCGUAGCUUUCAUCACUGCCCCUUCUCAUGCUCCGCUUUACCUCGUCGGCGCUCUUCAAGUCGGUGGCGGUGUGGGGUGGUGGCACGAUGGGCAGCGGCAUCGCCCAGGUCACGGCCCAGGCCUCCAUCCCGGUGACGUUGGUGGACGUCUCGCAGGCCCGGCUGGACGCCUCCCGCAAGGCUAUCGAAAACACGCUCCUGCGCGUGGCAAAGAAGCAAUGCAACGGCGAUCAGGCAAAGAUGAAGUCGUUUGUCGACAUUGUCGUGUCCCACAUCACCUUCACAACCGACGAGACGUUGGCCGCUGCGGGGGCGGAGCUGGUCAUUGAGGCGAUCGUAGAGAACAUCGACGCCAAGAAGGAGCUCUUCAGCCGGAUCGACAAGAUGGCCCCCAAAUCGACGGCGUUCUGCUCCAACACGUCGUCGCUGAGUGUGAAGGAGUUGGCGGCCGCGACGACCCGCAAAGACCGCUUUGCCGGUGCGCACUUCUUCUCCCCCGUGUCGAUGAUGAAGCUGGUGGAGGUGGUGCGGACGGAUGACGUGAAGCCGGAGGUGAUCGAGCAGCUUGUGUCGUUUGGCAAGGUUAUCGGCAAAGCGCCCGUUGUCGCCAAGGACACGGAGGGCUUCAUUGUGAAUCGGCUUCUGGUGCCGUACCAACUGGAGGCGUGCCGCCUCGUGGAGCGCGGCGUGGCCACCUUCCAGGACGUGGACAUCGCGAUGAAGUACGGCUGCGGAUAUCCGAUGGGACCGUUUGAGCUGUGUGACAGCGUGGGCAUUGAUGUGCUGAAGUUUAUUGUGGAUGGGUGGCACAAGCAGUUCCCGGAGGAGCCACUCUUUAAGCCGUCCAAGCUGAUCGACGAUGCUGUACAAGCGGGCAAGCUCGGUAAGAAGACCGGUGAGGGCUUCUACAAAUACGACAGUAACGGACGCAGAGUGGAAUAG